GCGGCCGGCCCAGAGCGGCUCUUGCCGGCCGCCGCCGAUGGGCUUCUUCGGGCGCGGCAAGAGCUCCAAGCGCAACACCGCCGCGCCUCCGCCCGGGCCGCCUCCCCCCCCGGCGAGGUGCGCCUGCGGCAACUUUGCGACGUCGGGGAAGGAGGACGGGCUGUGCAACGCGUGCCGCUCGGCAAAGGCAAAGUACUCGGCGCCGACGCCGGUCGAGACGGCCGCCGCCGUCCGUGUGCAGGCUGUAAAGCGCGGGCAGCUCUCCCGGCGCGAGAGCACCGUGCGGCUGCUGUCGGUCAUCGCGGACGAGGACGCGCAGAUUGCGGCUGCGAUCGGCGGCGUGCUGACGGCGGCGAACUACGCGGAGGUCAUCCUCAAGGUGCACGAGUUCAAGCGCAAGCUCCUCGCCAUGCGCGUCAUACAGCGCCGCGCCAGGGCAUCUAUCGAUGCUCGGGCGCAAACGCCUCGCAGCGAGCAGCCUCCGGUUGUCUCUCGGCCGGCGUACGACCGCACAGCCUCCGAGCUGCCGUCCCGCGAAGCCGCCAUCAUGCAGGGCAUCAAGCUGCUCGACCAGAGGAUACUGGUGACGGGCCUGCAGCAGGAGAUCAUGAAGGACGACGGGAACUGCCAGUUCCGCGCGCUCUCGUACCAGCUCUACGGCACGCAGGAUCGGCAUGCUGCCGUGCGCGCGGCGACGGUGGCGCACAUGCGCCUCCUCCGCGAGGAGUACGGCGUCUUCUUCAUCGACGACGAGUUCGACGCGUUCCUCACAAACAUGGCACGUGAGAAGACGUGGGGUGACGAGCUGACCAUCCGCGAGGCGGCGGACGCGUUUGGGUGCACGGUGCAUGUGAUCACUUCGGACGCCGAGAACUGGCACCUCCGCUACACGCCCGCCGGCAUGGCGCGCCAGCCGAGCUUGGCAACGGCCGACUUGGCCGACGGCUCCGGCGCCGGCCGACGGCUCUUCCUCACCUACAUCUCUCCCGUGCACUACAACUGCAUCCGCCGCACCACGGCGCCGCUGCUGGCGGUCGCGCCGCCACCAGCCUUCUGAGGCCGCCCGUGAGCCGUGUCGGCGCACUCCCAGCACUUUCAGCAGAGGGGAAGGGGCGUGGUGUGGGGUUUAGAUGUCGAUUUAGCGGUGGUGGUCUCGGUCCUCACCGUGGUCGCGCUCAUGUGAAUUUGGAGAUAUCAGCGUACAGAACACAUACGUACAUGCU